AGAAGAGAGAAGAUACCGAAAAUAGCCCUUAUUACGCGUGGAUAAGGAGAGGCCACAAACAAAGAAAGUGAAGUGAGUGCGGUUGUGUUUAAUGGGAACAUACUUAUAAUAUUAUUAGAGGAAGAAAAGGAAAGGAGAAGGAAAGAAGAGAUGGAGAAGAGAAAGAAAUCUCAGGCCAAGCUUACCACCUCUGAUUCACUCACACGAUGCUCUUAUCACAGAAGCCCUGCUUACAAUCUAGGCUUCGCUUCAGCUGUCUUUCUAAUGAUGGCUCAGAUCAUCGUAAGCGUCGGAAGCGGUUGUUUCUGUUGUAGAAAAGGUCCUGCUCCUUCAAGAUCCAAGUGGAUUAUCUCCUUAAUCUGCUUCAUUGUCUCCUGGUUCACUUUUGUGCUAGCUUUCCUCGUGCUUCUCUAUGGAGCUGCACUAAACGAUGAACACGCCGAGGAGGCAACGUUUCCGGAUGCCCGCAUCUGCUACACUGUCGGUACUGGCGUUUUCUCCACCGGUUCUGUGCUGUCGGUUGUUACUAUUGCGCUCGGGAUUGUUUACUAUCUAGGUUUGAAUUCGAGUAACCAAAACGUUGGUGUCACAAGGACGGUGGCUAACCAAGGAGGAGGAAUAGCAAUGGGACAGCCUCAGAUUCCAGAGAGAGGAGAAGAUCCUGUCUUUGUUCAUGAAGAUACUUACAUGAGAAGACAGUUCACUUAAAUCACAGAACAAGGCUUGCUUGGCAUCACGUUAGGUUAGGAGAAUAUUUAGAUAAAAUGAAGUCUUUGUCUGAUUUUUACCCCAUUUUGUAUCUUUCUGAUUUUUUUGUGUGUAUCAUCUCCAACUUAUUUCUAUAUUUGUCUUUAUAAUAGUAGUUAGAGGUAAAACUACUUUCAUCCCA